GCAACAAUGCAGACUGAGUCGCAGGAGCGUGGAUUCUGAGCCUCUUUGAAAGAGUAUCUUCCACUUUCUCAUCAAGGUGCACCCAGGUACAAAAUGGUUGACCCAAGAGACAUUUGUCCUCACCUGGAUUCCAUAGGGGAGGUCACCAAGGAAGACCUGCUCCUCAAGUCAAAGGGGACGUGCCAGUCUUGCGGCGCUGGGGGACCAAACUUGUGGGCCUGCCUUCAGGUUGGUUGUCCUUACGUUGGUUGCGGGGAAUCCUUUGCUGAUCACAGCACCCUUCAUGCACAGGCCAAAAAACACAAUCUGACAGUGAACUUGACGACGUUCCGGGUGUGGUGCUAUGCAUGUGAGAAGGAGGUGUUCUUGGACCAGCGGCUGGCAGCCCACACUCCAGCCCCCCAAUCAAAGUUAUCGGACCAGGAUUCUCCUCCACUUGUUCAUCCUCUGAAAGCUGUUCCAAUCGCAGUGGCCGAUGAAGGGGAGUCAGAAUCGGAAGAUGAUGAUCUCAAACCAAGAGGCCUUACCGGGAUGAAAAACCUUGGGAACUCCUGUUACAUGAAUGCUGCGCUUCAAGCCCUCUCUAACUGCCCCCCACUCACACAGUUCUUCCUAGAGUGUGGUGGGCUCGUGCGCACAGACAAGAAACCGGCGCUCUGCAAAAGUUACCAAAAGCUGAUUUCUGAAGUGUGGCACAAGAAGCGCCCGAGCUACGUGGUCCCGAGCAGCCUGUCUCAUGGUAUCAAGCUGGUCAAUCCUAUGUUUCGCGGCUACGCACAACAGGACACACAAGAGUUCCUACGCUGCUUGAUGGACCAGCUUCACGAAGAGCUGAAGGAACUGAUCGUCGCUGAGACACGGGACUCCGACUCGAGCGACACAGACGACAAGCGGGAGGGCGACCGCAGUCCCUCAGAGGACGAGUUCCUCUCCUGCGACUCGAGCAGCGACCGAGGCGAAGGAGACGGGCAGAGCAAAACCGGAGGCUCACUGGUGGAGGCAGAGCUGUUGAUCCAGGAUGAGGCUGGAAGGGGGAUCUCUGAAAAAGAGAGGCUGAAGGACCGCAAGUUUACGUGUAGCCACCGGCGGAGCAACUCUGAGCAGGUGGACGAGGAUGCUGACGUAGAUACCUCCAUGAUGCCCGUGGACGGCAGGGCUUCCCCGGAAACCCUCGCCCCUCCCCCUCCUCGUCCUGCCAGCCCUUCUCGGGCCCCAGAGCCGGACAAUGACGCCUACACCCGCUGCUCCUCUCGACCCUGCAGCCCCAUUCACCAGGACAUGCACUCCAAGCUGUCGAGCAGCCCUCCGCGUUCGAGCCCAGUGAGGCUGGGGCCCUCCUACGUGCUGAAAAAAGCCCAGAUGCAGGCCUCUGGCAAAAAGAAGAAGGAGGUCCGGUACCGCAGCGUCAUCUCUGACAUCUUCGACGGCUCCAUCCUGAGCCUUGUGCAGUGCCUCACCUGUGACAGAGUGCGUCUCCUUACUGCUGCUGAUCAAGUCUCCACCACUGUAGAGACGUUCCAGGACUUGUCGCUGCCCAUCCCCGGGAAGGAGGACUUGGCCAAGCUGCACUCCGCUAUCUACCAGAACGUGCCGGCCAAGACGGGAGCCUGUGGGGACAACUAUGCCUCGCAGGGGUGGAUUGCGUUCAUCAUGGAGUAUAUCCGAAGGUUUGUGGUGUCCUGCAUCCCCAGCUGGUUUUGGGGUCCUGUGGUCACCCUGGAGGACUGUCUGGCUGCCUUCUUUGCUGCUGACGAAUUGAAAGGUGACAACAUGUACAGUUGUGAACGGUGUAAAAAAUUGCGGAAUGGUGUUAAAUAUUGCAAAGUCCUCCGACUCCCUGAGAUCCUGUGCAUCCACUUGAAGCGCUUCCGGCACGAGGUCAUGUACUCCUUCAAAAUCAACAGCCACGUCUCCUUCCCCUUGGAGGGGCUGGACCUCCGGCCUUUCCUGGCCAAGGAGAGCGUCUCCCAGGUCACGACUUACGACCUCUUGUCUGUCAUCUGCCACCACGGCACCGCGGGCAGUGGGCAUUACAUUGCCUACUGCCAGAACGUGAUCAACGGCCAGUGGUAUGAAUUUGAUGACCAGUAUGUUACAGAGGUGCACGAGACGGUUGUGCAGAACGCAGAAGCCUAUGUCUUGUUCUACAGGAAGAGCAGCGAGGAGGCGGUGCGGGAGCGCCAGAAGGUCGUCUCCCUGGCCACCAUGAAGGAGCCCGGACUGCUGCAGUUCUAUAUCUCCCGGGAAUGGCUCAACAAAUUCAACACCUUUGCAGAGCCAGGCCCCAUCACCAACCAUACCUUCCUCUGCUCCCAUGGAGGCAUCCCUCCAAAUAAAUACCAUUACAUCGAUGAUCUCGUGGUGAUUCUUCCCCAGAACGUCUGGGAGUAUCUGUACAACAGGUUUGGUGGGGGACCAGCCGUGAACCACCUCUACGUGUGCUCGGUGUGCCAGGUGGAGAUCGAAGCCCUGGCCAAGAGGAGGAGGAUUGAGAUCGACACCUUCAUUAAGCUGAACAAAGCGUUCCAGGCGGAGGAGUCCCCGAGCGUCAUCUAUUGCAUCAGUAUGCAGUGGUUCCGUGAGUGGGAGGCAUUCGUGAAAGGCAAAGACAACGAGCCGCCCGGACCAAUUGACAACAGCAGGAUCGCCGUGGCGAAAGGGAGUGGCCACAUGCAGGUGAAGCAGGGGGCUGAUUACGGGCAAAUUUCUGAGGAGACCUGGGUUUACUUGAGCACGCUGUAUGGCGGAGGUCCUGAGAUCGCCAUCAGGCAGAACGUGGCCCAGGUGCAAGAGCUGGAGAGUUUGCACGGGGAGCAGAAGAUUGAAGCCGAGACCCGUGCUGCCUGAGGGACAGCGGACCACACCCAGAAGGCUGUGCCUUGGGCAGCGGACGUUCUGUAUCCCAGGAGUGGAUCCGGACACUUUCUCAUUUUUUUGGAACUCAGAUGUACCAAGCCGCAGCAUCCACCCUCUCCUCUUCACAGAGAAUAACGCUGCAGCUGGAACCCGACGUUAAUUUGAAGCUAGCUGAAGUCUCUGAGGCCUUUGUAGCUCCUUGCUUGCAGCCUCACAGGCGAGACACGAUCUUCGAGGCUGCCUGGAUCGGAGUCCGUGCGUUUCCGGCUGAGAAAGAGGGUGCCACAUUGGCCCCACGCAGCUCCGGGUUGCGCUUGCCGUGUCUGCAAAGGACCUCAGCAGGAGGAGGAGGAGGAGGAUUCCCCACUUCCUGCUUAGCUUCUCAUCUGUGCCAUCCCCAUUGGUGAGCCUGGCGGCCUUGUGUAGCUGUGACCUCGCCCGCUCGUGGUUCCCCCCCCCCCCUUCACCAUUUCAGCAGUUGGAAGGAGCAGGUUCUGCUGGAGCCAGACUGUGAAGGACUUGGGAACAUUUGGGGUGGAGGGCAUUUGAAAGGUAUCCUCAGGCAGGGGCCGCUCACAACUCUGAAGGCACGGGGAGGAAGCCCCUUCCUUUUUUGGCACAACAGCCCUCCCCUCCCUGUUGCUUCCCCUGUCCCCAUGGGAAGGAGCUGCUCAAGACGUUGGAGCAGGGGGUCAUCCAUGGAUGGAAGGAUGGAUUGAUCUGCAGGCACCGUCCCCGUGUUCACGAACCUUCCCUUCCCGCCCUCCACACACACACAACGGAGCCGCUUGCCCCUCUUCCCCUUCCCCUUGAGGUUGGCCUCCCUGAAGAAAGGGGCGGCUCUUUGAGACUGCAGAGGCAGCUGGAUGCGUCCCCUCUGUUGGCCUGACUGCUUGCAGUAGGGUCCUGCCAGAUGUGCAGGAAGCAGCCCUGAGAAAGAGGGCUCUCUCUCUCGCACUCGAGGCGCUGCAGCCCAUCCAUGUUGUGAGAAGCCAGGCAGAGAGACGGGUGCAAGCUGACUCCUCCUCCUGCCACACGUGAGCAGUUUGUGCAGUGGCUCCUCUGUGGGUCGCCUUGUGCUCCAACCCGCGUGAUGCACGCAGCAAGGCAAAGCCACCGUUCUUGCGGGGGGGCCCCACUGCUGCACCCCAGCUGGACAGGGGUAGGGUGGAGAUGGGGGAGGACAGAGCUUUAUUCUGGCUAACACGAGUCUAGAACACGGUUUGAGUCCCGGGGCACCUUUAAGACCAACCAGGUUUAAUUCUGAGGUGUGCGUGCACGCGAAAGCCGAUGCCCAGAAUUAGACUGGGUUGGUCCCAAAGGUGCCAGGGGACUCAAGCAGAGCCCAGCGUGAGGGAGGGGGUGUGUGGCAGCUUGGCCUCGGCCUGGCUGUGGCUCCCCUGCCUCUCCCCUUCUCCGCCCACUCCCCUGGGCGACAGCGUGCCCGCUCACUUCCUUCCCCUGGUUUUGCUGAGUUGCAAGAUGAGCUGACUUUUGUGGGGACAGAGAAACGGGACGAGAAGGACAAAGAGCUCUGGUAAACGUGGACCUUCUGAGACCUUUUUUUUUGGACGCUAAGCAUUUGGUGCAAACAGCCAUUGGAAACAAAAGUAGGGGUUACGUAGGGGUUGCUCCAUGUCUCUUUCCCCCUUGUUGGCGUGGAUGUGUAGACGCAAAAACACUUCCUUUCUGGUGUCUGGGGAGCAGUGGGAGACCUUUGGCAUUUCUCUGCAUCGUCUGCUACCGGGUUGUCCGUCAGUGUCUCUUGCCCAGCCAGGGAGCCCUUGGGCAGCCCCUGUCAUUGUGCGCCGGGCGUGAGCUUGAAGCAGCCGUUGGCGAACUCUCGUGCUCUUGCUCAAGUCCCUCCUUUGUGCUGAGAACAUCCACCAAUAAACUUGCUUGCA